GGAGGUUGGGCUGCUAGAGCUUCGAGCGUGGGGGCCAGCCGCCUUUUCGGUCCCCCGGACCACGAGGGGAGGCAUGGCGGAGCGGACGAGGCUGGCCUGGUAGCUGCCGGCUGGGCCAUCCUGUGGAGAAACCAAGGGAAGAUGUUUUAUCGGUUACGCUACUUUCGCUUUUCUAAAUCAAGAAUCGGUAGGUAAGUCAGUAAAUUUUGGUUACUGAACGCAAAUCAGAAGGGGAUUCCUGGAUCGUUAACCGAAGACGGCCUCCGUUUCAAGCCUUGUUCUUCAGCGCGACAGGUGCGGUGCUGUCGGGUGAAAACCAAGCUCAGGAUUUCCAGGUGAGAGCAUCGGAAACGUCCAGCCGGGUCAGGAUGCCAGGCUGCCCGCUGCUCAGGUCUUGACAGUUGGUGGAUGACACUGCUUAGAACGUGUCUAACCCAUGGUGCGAAGCCCUUGCGCUGCCCCGGCAUCCACAGGUUGGAUUUGCUGGGGAAUCAGUGCGCCUUAACGUCUGUUUCUGGAUCAGCGGCCCAUGACCUUAUCUAAAUUCCUUUUUAUCUGCCUCCACAAAACGUUGCGGCAACGGAUUCCAGAUUUUACAUUGUCUGUUGUGUAAAGGAAAUGUUUUCAUUUGUGUUAAGCAGGAUUAAGAGUUAUCUCUCUGAAGCACAGAACAUACAGGAUGUUAAGCAUGUGUAGCAUUACAAAAGUAGUGUAAAGGUAAGUACGUAAGUUUCAGGACAAAAAAAUUAAGUUGUGCAAUACAGAAUUCCUCACAUAUGUCUCUGGCUUUUAUGCUUAGUAAGGAAGGAGGCUUCAGAUAUCCAAUAUAUGUCACUUUUGCCUAUAAAAUGAUAGAACGUUUACAUUUAAGAAUUCUUUUAGCUCAACACAGCUUCUGGUAUUCCUUUCUGGUAUUCUGUUCUGCUGCAAAAAAAAGCCAAUACACAAAAUGUUGUAAUUUUUUUUCCUUUUCCUUCAGGUUUCAAUGGAUUUUACAAGUCCCCCGCUAUCUUUAAAAGAUGAUGGUUUUGUGAGUAUUUCCUCAUGUGCUGCCUGGAAAAAAAAAUCUGUAUUUGACAACAGUAUUUCUGAAUGACGAGUAUGGCAACCCCUGACCCUUUUGGCACAUCAAAAGAUGAGAUGGAAAGACUUGAGGGAGAACUGAAGAAAUGGAAGGAAAGAGUUGAAAAAGCUGAAAAAGCAAAAGCUGACCUUUUUCUCUGUAAAUUAAGUGCUGAUGAAGAGUGUGUUAAAGCAGAGGAGGAGCUGAUAAAGCUAAAGAACUUUCAAGAGAAAGGGCAUAAGAACAUAAUUAUGUCUAGGGACACCCAUGAGAGAGAACUCCAUGUACUAAUUGAAGAAAACGCUGAGCUGAAAAGAGAGAUUAAAAAGCUCAAAGAAGACCUUGCAAAAUGUAGUUCAGGGCUUUCGCAGGAUGGUCAGAUUAAAAAAAAGGUAGCAGAAAUGAAAAUGAAGUUCAGUCACAUGGAAGAAAUGAAGAAUGACUAUGCAGAUAUGAAUACUCACUGUGUUUUUGGUGUAACUACAAAACUCCCAUUCAGACUGAAUCAAAACCAGGCACUGCUUACUUUUGAAGAUGAAGAAGUUGCCCAGAGACUGGUAAAAAUGGGUAAGCAUGCUGUGAACCUGGACAGCAAAAUAGCAGAUGUGAGAGUGAAGCCUUUUACACUUGAAAUGGGAGUCAAGUUUGAGCUUCAUGUUACUAUUUCUGGAAAGAAGAUCAAUGUUUCAGAAGUACCUGAGCUAUCCAUUCCUGAAGACUGGAUGAGAGACAAAUUAGAGCUGAAUUUCUACAAAUCUGAAGAGGGAGGACGAGAAGUAGAAAAUGUGAACUAUGACAAGCAGUCUAGAACAGCUGUUAUUACAUUCCUCAGACCUGGAGCAGCUAAUGGCUUGGCGAGAUGUACUAAAUAUCCUUUCUUUGUAAACGGAAGGUGCUAUGGGCUUUCUGUUUCCCCAAACACUGACGUACACUUGGAAAAGUUUCAGCUCUAUUGUGGGGUUUCUAAGAAGACCAUUCUGUUGAAAAGAAUUGAAGAGACGGAAGAUGACGAGGAAAGUGUACAGGACAUGAUUGAAAUUCAUUUUCAAAAGCCUAGUAAUAGUGGUGGGGAAAUAGAGAAAAUCAAAUAUGUAUCGAAAGGUGUAACAUGGGUUUGGUUUGAGGAGGAUACUUAGAAUGUAGGAAAUUGUAGGUUGAACUCAUGAAGCUCUGAGGUUUUGCUUCAUGAGAGGCAUAGGAAGUUACGGAGACAUUGUGCUUUAAUGUUCUGAAAUUACACUUGAAAAAGAGGAACUACCUGUCAUUCUGAUUUGUGUAAUGACACAGACUUUGCAUGGAAAUUCAGUAAAACUCACUGCUUGGCGUUCCAGAGGUUCCUAAUUAAAGUCGUAGAAAAAGUCUUUACCAGCACUUGAAACUUAAUCUAAGAUGGCUUUCUGCAAAUUUGCAGAUUUUGUAUCUUGCAAAUCUUAGAUAGGUCACAUACUCCAAAGUGGGAUAAAUCUAUUCCUUCUUACAUUUUGGUUACAAAAGCCAUAUGUAAUCUCAAUCAAAAGCAUCUUCACGGACCUGCAUUUUUUAAAGUGCCACAGUUUCAGAAGGUAGCUCAGACAGAACUCCAGUCCUGCUGAGACUGCUGUGUGCCACCAUAACUCAAAUACCUGAAAAGAGUUAUGCUGUAAUUUCAUAAUAUCCACAUUAUCAAAUUCUUCAUAAAAUUAAAAUAUAAAAAGGGAGAGUGCAAAACCACCACAGAUUUACUCAGGAAAUAGUGCCUAUAAGGCAGUUCUUAUAAAGAAAUGACAUAGCAGUAAUGCUGCUUUUAUCUGUCGCAAUGCUCUUACUUCUCUUAGGAUCUGAUGCAAAUUCUGCUGAGCUUCCACUAAGUUAAUAGCCUGGUUUAUUUGGUUUUGAUACUUGUUUCUACAGUUACAUUUUUCCU